AUGGUUGCAGGAGUUUGGAGAAGAGAUGAUGAUACUCUGUUUGAUGAUUAUUUUGAUGAUUUGGGUGCCGGAACAAACUCGUGGGUUAGGGGUGGGUGGCUGUGGGAGGUGGGUGGUGGUGGAGCAUGGGUUUUGAGUGACUGGAUAUAUACCGAUGUUGAUUAUUGUGUUUAUCUUGCAGCAACCAGCAGGAAUCUUAUGAAUCCAAAUCAAGCCCAGGCUGAGUUUAGGUGUCCCAAAUUUCCUGUCAUUUUGAUAAAAUGGAAUAAACAAUCGGACAUAGAUAAUAUUUUCACCGGAUCGUUAAUGGGUCGCUCCAGCAUUAAUCUAGCAAUCGUCUUGAUCAUAGGUUGCGUAUUUGCAACUUCGAUCGCGAAAGAAGAAUCCGACAAGUUAGGAACUGUUAUCGGGAUUGAUCUCGGACUAUCUAUUCAUGUGUUGGAUUCUUCACGAUUCGGUUCUGUUGGAGAGGUUUCGAUUGAUUUUGCAAGUUAUGCAGAGGCUACAAAGCUUUCUUCUCUAUCUCUUCCUCUUAUAAACGCUAAUUCUGGAGCUGUAUUGCAUGUAUCGAUUCAAAGGGUGCAACGGACUUCUGAUCAGAGGGACAUUGAUGGAAUUUGUGAUGACGGUCAUCAUGAUCGAAGCUUGAGGUUACACUUUGGCAAUGGUGACAUAGAAGAGAGUUCCGAUACCAGCUCGGGGCUUAAUACCCCAUGCGAACGCGAACCUAAGAACGCAAAACUGACUCAUGAAUCCUCAAUCACGAAACAUAAAUCGUCACAAUGGGAUUGCUUAAACGGCUCAGACCCAAAAGUAAGUACAGAUGAUUCUUCAACAAAGUUUCAGGCGGAUGUUGAGGUCGAUGUUGCAGCAGCCGGAGCACCGAAGAAGAGGACGUUCAAGAAGUUCAGUUUCAGAGGAGUUGAUCUGGAUGCUCUCCUUGAUAUGUCUACUGAUGAGCUUGUUAAGCUCUUCACUGCUCGUGCUCGCAGAAGGUUCCAGAGAGGUUUGAAGAGGAAGCCUAUGGCUUUGAUUAAGAAGCUCCGUAAAGCUGUACAGUACUUUGAAUGGCUUUGGUUGUCAUUUGUGGUCAACCAUGCAGCGGGAAGUCAACAGGCGCUCUUUGCCUGUCGGAAGCUCUAAACGACCUAGAAUCUAAACCUAACGUCCGAAUCAUCGACGAAACCUCCUUUCACCUCGACCGUAAUCAAACCUACGCAGAAAUGACCUCAGAAAAAAACUUACGCAGAGUGCUUAGAUCCGAAGUAGAUCGAUCAUUAUCAAAAGACAACAUAAUAAUCGUCGAUUCCGGAAAUAGCAUAUACGGUUACCGAUACGAGUUAUGGACCCUAAUGUUUGCUGUUUCUGUUGGGCUGCUGCAAAGUCAGCACACCAUAUGUUUACCGGAUGUUUUGUAGCUGCAGUGGCUUGGUUUAAAAAAGUUUGCCUUAAGCGCGCUUAAGCGCAAAGCACAUCUAGGCGCAAACCCCAUCGCCUUGUGCGACAUAAGGCGCACGAUGUACAAGAAGCGCAGCUGAGGCACGCUUCAGUGAGACCCCCGGCUCGAUAACAAGGUAUCAUGGUUUGAAUUUUUAUAAUCAGCAUCAGCAAAUAACUUUUCUGCAAAUCAACAGUUUGACUUUCUGAAGUCAGCUUGGUUCAUCCAUUCUUCUUAAGCCAAAUCCUCAAAUGCAAGCUUGAAUUGUUCAGGUGUAAGAAACUAUAAGAGCUGAGUUAAAAUGUAGCAUAAUUGCUUAAAUGAAGUGAUAAUGCUAUGUUUUUUUAAUAUCAACAGAUUAUUUCCAGCAUGAAAUGAAGUGAUAAUCCUUUAUGUUUUUAGAAUAGAAUUCCUUUAUAAAAUGGUUUUUUGAAUUAAA